AUGCCGAUCGGGUACGGAUGUGAGCCAGAGUUAGUGUGGAUUGCACCCAAGCAAAAUGGAGAGAUUCCUGUGAAGCGGUCAGGGCAUUCUUUCACACUGCAAAGCUCGGACACAGAGACUGCAGUCUACAUGUUCGGUGGUUGCGAUCACAAAUCGCCUCCAGGGCCUACCAACGAACUGUACCGACUUGAUGCUAGCAAUGGAUACACGUGGUCCAAGGUAACAAGCUCUCAGAGUGAAGACGAAGUACCCGCUCCAAGAUGGCGGCACUCCGCUAUUCUCUAUGAGAAGAACAUCAUCAUCUUCGGAGGGUUUGCAGCUGAAAAGAGAAUGAAUGAUCUCUGGGUUUUUAAAACCGAGCUGAAGGUGUGGGAGCAGAAGUAUGCUCAGAGUUUCUGGGAAGGGCUACCGCAGUGCCGUGGUGCACAUAGUGCCACACUUGUCGGUGAGAAGAUGUACGUGUUCGGCGGUUAUGGUGGAAAUGGCUUCGGUCGUACCGACUUCAAUGACCUGCACGCGUUGGAUUUACAUUCAUUCAAGUGGCAAGAGAUUCAAACGGACGGUGAAAAGCCUGAGCCUCGGUCGGGACACCAGACGUGCUUGGUCAAAGAGCAACUGUUGGUCAUUGGCGGAUGGAACAGCUUCAAGCAGUUCCAAGACAUCUUCGUCUUUGACUUGCCUACAAAGACGUGGAGUUUGUUGAGCACACCACUGUAUUCUCCAAUCUGGAACCACACGUGUGUCAGUGUUGCAGCUGUACCACACUGGAAAGUGUUCUUGUUUGGAGGCAACAGUGGCGAUUUAGCCGAGUCCGGAACUGCGCAGGGAGCGUACUUGAACAGCACUGCUGUAUUGGACACUGGCAGUAUGGUGUGGUUGAACCCUCCUGUAAAAGGUGAACUACCGAAGGCUCGGGCUGAUACUGCCAUGGUUUUUGAUUCACAUACCAAUCACUUGAUCUUCUUUGGAGGGUGGGCGAAUCGCUGGUAUAACGACUUGCACGUCCUCAACGCAAGCGAAAUUGUCGGACCUCCGUACUCGAUUUCAUCGAUCGAACCGAAGCAAGGACCGAUCACGGGAAGCGCAAAGGUAAAAGUGACUGGAUUCAACUUCACAGGACAAAAUGCAACGCUGCGGUUUGCGGUUGCGAAGGGUUCUGUCGAUGUCACGGGUGCUGUCCUUAGUCCGACUGUUCUUCAGGCUACCGCUCCCAGCUAUGAGAAGUUUGGUCCGCUGACUUCAGAGGUUCGAGUAUCAUUGUCGGGUGGCAUGUACACCAACGUAGCGACGUCUUUUCGCUUCCACUCAGUCACAGCAGCUCCAAAGUCGCUUGCGUUUGGUCCGUGUCUGAUCGCUGCGCUUAACGACAACUGCUUGGCCGAGUUGCCAACAACAUUCAUCAUCCAGUCUCGAGACAAGGACGACAAUCCGCGCGACUGUGGAGGAGAUGAGUUUGCUAUCACCCUGAAGUACUGUGAUGAUCCUCAAGCCGAAGUGGAGCAGGUUGCUUCUAUCCUCGACAAGAACGAUGGCACGUAUGUGGUGACGUUUACUCCAUCUAGAGCAGGGAAAUAUGAGAUUUCGGUGGACUUUAUGGGCACAUUCAGCGGUGUCGCCGGCCCUCUCCGAGGAUCCCCGUUUCCUGCGGUGUUCCAGCCCCCGUCAGAUGAUAACAAGGCAAAGUCAUUACCACCGCUUGCCACUCAAAAGGACUUCGACUCGCCCGAGGUUAUUAGACGCGUUAUGGCGACGAUGAACAAGCGCAACGGAGAGUUCCGCCGAAUCCUGGUUGACCUUCGGAAAGACAUUCCAAGUAACGAUACGGACGGACUGGAAACUCUGCGGAAGAUGAAAGAAAUAAUCCGUAAACUCGAGGUAGACAAGGAUAUAAACCACUUAGUUCUGGACCAAGUGCGCCAGCUUUUUUUCAGCAUCAAGAAGAGCGGAGGCCAUGUCGAUAAAGAGCUGGUUGAAAUCGAGAACAUGGAGAAGCUCUUCGUCGAUGUCGAGAAACAAAUUCCAGUGACUGAGAAGCGCACACAGGAACCAACGCGCAUAUUCAGCGAGAAGACUGAGGAAAAGAUCAUCGCGUACGAGAAGAUGAUCGCACAAAAGAUGGAGACACUUAAGACGCUGGACUUUUGGUCCUCUAAGCUGGAGCCUGAUAAAGGUCUGGAGAAGAUCGAAAGCUACCUCGUGGACUGGAACAUGGAGAUGAGGAAGUGUGAAGAAAACACCAAGCUGUGCUCCAUCUUUGGAUUCCCGCAGCUCAUGAAUGAAUCGCUGCGUAUGAUGGGUCUAAUGCGUGCAGAUGCAGAUGCAAUGAAAACUGUCUGGGCAAUUAUCAAGCGUGCAAAGGCGUUUUUCAAGGCCACGCAAGACAUUUUGUUUAAAGAAGUCGACGUGAACGCGCUGCAGAUCGAGGUUCAAUCAGCGUUAAAAGAGCUCAAGAAGAUCCCUAAAGGCAUUCAGUGGAGUGAUGCAUACACUUCGAUCUUGAAGGAAUGCCAGGCGUUUGACAAGACCCACCCGCUUAUCCGCUGUGUAUGGUCAAGCUACAUGCGGCCGAGACACUGGAAGCGUAUCAUGGCUCACACUGGGGAAUUUCCUACGCCGGACGAAGAUCCUGAGCAACGACUCUCUUUGAUUAUGAGUAAAAAUCUCUUCAACUUUAGCUCAGACAUCAACGAGAUUUGCUACGAAGCAGAGAAGGAACAAGAGCUGGAACUCCGUUUGAUCGAGCUCGAGGCUCUGUGGGCAGAGGUGAACUGGGAAAUGACACCAUACAAUCCAGGUGCUGCAGAAGAAGAAAUCGUGCCGCUUCUUAAGGUGUCAGAAGAAAACUUUGAGCUCCUUGAGACCCACCAAAUCGAUGUGCAAGGUAUGAGUGCGUCACCAUACCAGUCCGAGUUCGAGCCUCGCGUCGGCAAGCUUCAGAUCGGUCUUUCCUCCAUCAAUGAAGUCGUGCUGUUGCUGGGUGAUAUCCAGAGAUCCUGGAGUUAUUUGGAACCACUGUUUAUCCAGUCUGAAGAAGUGAAGAAGCAGUUGCCCGAGCUGACGUCCGACUUCGAAGACAUCGAUAGAGAAGUUCGCCAGAUCUUGAAAACUGCCUGGAUAACGCUUAAUGUGCAGGAGGCAUGUACCGAGCCCGGUCUCAUCAAGCGUCUAGAGGUGAUCGUGGAGAAGCUGGAGCUAUGCAAGCACCGCCUGAAAGAGUUCCUCGACGGGCGUCGGCGCCAGUUUCCUCGUUUCUACUUUAUGUCCGAAGCAGAUCUGCUCGAUAUCCUGUCGAACGGGUCUCAUCCGGACCGUAUUAUGCCCCACUGCUCCAAAAUCUACCUGGCAACAAAGACGCUCACACUCGUGGACCGUGGGCCUGGAGAACGGCCCGUCGCAACGUCUUUUGUGGCCGGUGUGGGUCACGAAAUCGUCGACUUCUUCGAGCCUCCAGUGCUAGAAGGAGAGGCCGAGAUCUAUCUGGAGACUAUCAUGCGUGCGAUGAGAUUGACGCUAUUCAAGCACAUUGAGCGCUCUCUCGUUGCCUACAUGGAAAUGCCUCGUGUUGAUUGGAUUAACUUUAAGGAUGAUACAAAUAAGCCCAUGGAUGCAGCCCAGAUCAUCCUGCUCGCAGCAGGAGUCCACUAUGUUCAAGAAGUUGAGCGUGCUUUCCGUGGCAUCCAAGGUGGUGAUAAAGAUGCCUUGAUAAAUUACAACAAGAUGCAGGAGCAACAACUCGAGGACCUGAUCAAGCUGACUCAAAGCAACAUUUCGUAUGCCGAACGUCAGCGAGUGAUGGUGCUUAUUACGAUGGACGCCCACGGUCGAGACAUUGUGGCUAAUAUGAUUCGUGGAGGAGUGGACGAGGCGACGCACUUCCAGUGGCAAUCUCAGCUUAAGCACUACUUCUCCCCAGCAGCAGGCAGUUUCUUGAAGCGUGAUAUGACCUUCCGUGGAGCAAACAACGCACGAGCUCAGAUCCUCAUCUGUGACGCUGGCAUUCCGUACGACUACGAGUACCUUGGAAACGGUCCUCGACUUGUGAUUACCCCACUGACAGAUCGAAUCUACGUGACGGCAACACAGGCACUAAACUUGCAAAUGGGAUGUGCUCCUGCUGGUCCCGCUGGUACAGGUAAAACGGAGACGACCAAGGAUUUGGCCAAUGCUCUGGGAAAAGUAUGCUACGUGUUUAACUGCUCGCCCGAAAUGGAUUUCAAGAGUCUUGGGAACAUUUUCAAAGGUCUCGCGUCGUCCGGCUCAUGGGGUUGCUUCGAUGAAUUUAAUCGCCUUGUACCAGAGGUGUUAUCAGUGUGUUCUGUCCAGUUCAAAGCUGUGUGCGAUGCAUGCAAAGCUGACGACGAGGAAUUUGUCUUGGAGAACGACGAGGUGAUGCUAGACCCUACAGUUGGUGCAUUCAUUACUAUGAACCCCGGUUAUCUUGGACGCUCCGAGCUGCCUGAAGGACUGAAGGCUCUGUUCCGACCCAUGACAGUCAUGGUGCCUGAUCUUGUGCUGAUCUGCGAGAACAUGCUAAUGGCAGAAGGAUUCACUCAGGCCAAGAUCCUGGCGUCGAAGUUUUACGGCUUGUACUCUUUGCUUGGACAACUCCUGUCCAAACAAUUGCACUACGAUUGGGGUCUUCGAGCUGUCAAGAGUGUCUUGUGCGUCGCUGGAGCUUUCAAGCGUGCCGAGCCAGACAUUCCGGAGACCGAUUUGCUCAUGCGUGCGUUGCGAGACUUUAACAUCCCAAAAAUCGUCGCAGAGGAUAUGGUGAUUUUCUUCGGUCUUCUUGGAGAUUUAUUCCCGCGCGACAGUCCGAAUGUAGACGUACGCAAUGAUCCUCCUCGUAAGCGUGAUAUGGAGCUGGAAUCCAUGGUACAAGGUGCGUCAGAAGCUAUUGGUAACACGCCUCGUCCAGAAUUUAUGCUGAAGGUUGUGCAGCUAUCGGAGCUGCUCGCAAUUCGUCACUGCGUCUUCGUGAUGGGACCUCCUGCUUCGGGUAAAACGGAGACGUGGAAGACUUUGAGAAAGGCUCGCGAGAUCAUGGGCACACCGAUGGAAGUGCAAGAUUUGAACCCGAAAUCGGUUAGUACCAACGAACUCUACGGAUACAUUGUGCUGAAAACGCGCGAGUGGAAAGAUGGUCUGCUCUCGCGCAUCAUGCGUGACCUGGGCUCACGACGUCGUGAUAACGGGGAUGAAGAUAACAACCCCAAGUGGAUUAUUCUAGACGGAGACCUUGAUGCCAAUUGGAUCGAGUCCAUGAACUCGGUCAUGGACGAUAACAGGAUGCUGACUCUGGCCUCGAACGAGCGUAUUCCAUUGAAAGUGCACAUGCGAAUGAUCUUCGAGAUCCGUGAUCUGGUGUACGCCACGCCGGCUACCGUGUCACGUGCCGGUAUCCUGUACAUUUCAACGUCUGAAGGCUACCAGUGGCGCUGCUUGAUAGACAGUUGGCUUGAUCGCCACUGCCAGCCACCGGCUGAUCAUCGAUUGAGAAAUAUGAUGUUUACGCCGGACACACACGCUAAGUUUCAAGGACUUUUCGAUCAGUAUGUUGAGACGACGCUCAGAUUCUUCCGCAAGAAACUAGUUCCUGUUGUGCCCGUGGAAGAGACGACGUUGGUGACCAACUUGUUGAACAUGAUCGACUGUCUGUUGACUCCUCAAGUCCUGGAAGACUACACUGUGAUGCAAAACACGUUUGUGUUCUGCUGCGUGUGGUCAUUUGGCUCUAUUCUUACGAUGAGUGACGAUGGUACGGACUACUCGGCAGAAUUCAGCAACUGGUGGAAGAAUCAGUGGAAGGACGUGAAGCUCGUGGCUUCGGCUAGCAACACGGUGUUUGAUUUCUGGUUGGACCCAGAGACUUCCAAGUUCAAUUCAUGGUCCAAGAGUCCAUACUUCUACACAGAGACGUACGUAUCCCCCAGUCCAAUCAACCAGAUCACGGUUCCUACCACCGAAACAGCAUCAAUCGCAUUCUGGCUCGAAAAUUUAAUCUCCAAGAGUGUUCCUGUGAUGGUGUGUGGGCCUGCAGGUACCGGUAAGACGCAGAACAUCAUGGGUAUGCUAAAGAAGCUCAGCAAAGAUGAAGCUACAGCUGCAUUCCGGUACUGCACUAUCAAUUUCAACUUCUACACUACAAGUGCCAUUCUACAGCAGACCAUGUUCGGACAGCUUGAACGUAAAACUGGUAUCAAUUUGGGCCCCCCAGGCAAGGCAAGACUUAUCUACUUCAUGGAUGAUCUGAAUCUACCCGAAGUGGACCCGUACAACACACAGAGUGCUAUCUCGCUGCUACGGCAGGUGAUGGAGUACAAGCAUUGGUUUGACCGAGUUAAGCUUCAGACACAGAACAUCUUGAACACGCAAGUGGUCUCCGGUAUGAACCCAACAGCCGGCUCAUUCCUGGUCGAUCCGCGUCUUCAGCGGCAUUUCUGUACGUUCGCUAUGGGUAUGCCUGAAGCGCCAAGUCUCGUCACGAUUUAUGAGACGUUCCUGGGUGGUCAUCUGUCGGGAUUCGCGGAUGAACUGAGCAAUUCACAGUUCUCCAAUGCGCUUAUCAAGGCUGCGCUGAGUCUCCAUGCCAGUGUUGUGGGCACGUUCCGUAAAACUGCGGCGAAUUUCCACUAUGAGUUCAACGUUCGCCACUUGUCCAAUGUGUUCCAGGGACUCAUUGCAUCCAAGAAAGAUCGAUUCAAUAGCCAGGAGAAAUUCGUGCUGCUGUGGCUGCACGAGAGUGAGCGUGUGUAUGGUGACCGACUGGUGUGUAAAGCUGAUAUCGAGAAGUACAACCAGCUAGUGCAGAUGCAAGUGAAAAAGUCGUUCGCGUCGUGUAACACGAGUCGAUAUUAUGCUGCGGAGAACUCUUGGCCGCUCAUUUUCUGCCACUUCACGAAAGACGGAGACAGUGAAUAUGAUCAGAUCAUGGGGACAAACUUGGACGAUCUCAAAAUGAACUUGCAAGUCCAAUUACGGGAAUACAACAACAACGAGAACAACACGGCGAUGCAGCUAGAUCUAUUCGACGAUGCUGUGAAACACGUGGCUCGUAUUGUUCGUAUCCUGCGUAAUGAGAGUGGACAUGCGCUACUAGUCGGUGUGGGAGGCAGUGGUAAGCGCUCAUUAGCACGCCUAGCUUCGCACAUUUGUGGCUGUACUGUUCGUCAGAUUACCAUCAGCUCCAAGUACGGCGAGAACGAAUUCAAGGAAGAUCUACGCAAGAUGCACAUGGCAGUGGUGGAGAUGCUGUCUCGUAACGAAGAGGACGGAGGCGUCGUGUUCAUGCUUACGGAUUCUCAGAUUACCAACGAAAAAUUCCUCAUCUACUUGAAUGAUCUGCUAGCCUCUGGAGAGAUUCCAGAUCUAUUUGCCAUGGAAGAUAUGGACAAUAUCGUCAACUUACUGUCGCCUGUGGCGGGUACAAAAGACCGGAAGGAAGUCAUCAAGUUCUUCCAAGCUGAGAUCCGUAAGCGUCUCCACUUGUGUCUAUGCUUCUCGCCUGUGGGCGAUGACUUUCGUAAUCGUGCACGCAAGUUCCCUGCUCUUGUAAACUGCACGGUUAUCGAUUGGUUCCAGCCGUGGCCUAAGGAAGCUUUGCUGUCUGUCGGUCGCGAGAAACUAAAGGAGAUUGGAGACUUACUUGGAUCAGAAGAAUCACGCGCUGGUAUCGAGAAGUUUAUGCCGCUCUCGUUCCAGUCGGUAAACAUCUGUGCGGAGCGGUUCCUCCAGGUCGAACGUCGACAUGUCUACACGACACCGAAGUCGUAUCUGGAGCUGCUACAGCUGUACAAGAAGAUUCUGCGCAAGAAAGUGGAGGAAUAUGCUGCAGCUAUCGAUCGCUUAGAGAAAGGCUUGCAGAAACUCAAAGAAACGGGAGACACAGUAUCACGACUUGAGGUGGAGCUCAAGGUCAUUCUGGAGGCUGCUGAAGACAAAAAGGCAGUGGCGUCUGGUAUCGCCGAAGCUGUCAACAAAGAGAAAGCUAAUGUGGAAACUGAGAGUAAAAAGGCUGGCGACGAAGCUGCCAAGUGUGCUAUUAUCCAGACAGAGGUCACGGAGAAGCAGAGAUCAACUCAGGAAGAUCUCGCAAAGGCUGAGCCUGCCGUCGCACAGGCCAUGGCUGCUCUGGACUCGUUGAACAAGAAAGAUCUGGGCGAGUGUAAGACUAUGUCGAAGCCUCCUGCUGGCGUAGACGACGUCUUCUCAGCCACGAUGGUGCUGCUAGCUGGUGUGCACCCGAACGUACAGGUCACUAAGACUGGUAAAGUGAAGGAUGUCAAGUGGGAUACUGUCAAGAAGCAGCUUCUUGGUAAUAUUCCGGAGUACAUCGAGUACCUGGUUGGCUUCAAGCAAGUGGUAGACGAUGGUAAAGUACCUCCAACUAACUGGAAAGAAGUGCGCGUGUUCUUGGAGAUGGAGCACUUUCACUACGACACGAUCCUUACGAAAAACAAGGCUGCUGCUGGUUUGUGUUCCUGGGUGAUCAACAUCGUCAUGUACUACGAUAUCGUGAUUACUGUGGAGCCUAAACGUCAAGCUUUGGCUGCUGCCAAUCUCGAGUUGGAGGCUGCAAAUGCUCGUCUGACCGAAGUGACAGCGCUCGUGGCCGAUCUUCAGGCAAAGCUCGACAAAUUACUUGCCGAAGCUGCUGCAGCCGAGAAGGAGAAGGAAGACGCCAUCAACGCUGUGGAAACUGGCAACCGCAAGAUGAAGCUCGCGGGCACUUUGACAAAUGACUUAUCGAGUGAGAACGUUCGAUGGGGGAUCAACGUGUUACAACUUCAAAAGGAGAAGGACUUGUUGGUAGGCGACGUGCUGCUUGCUUCAGCCUUUAUCUCUUACAUCGGCCCCUUCACCAAGCCGUUCCGCGACGAACUGAUCAACAAGCACUGGGUGCCUUAUCUACGGACAGCUGCUGGAGGCGAGAGCAUCGCCAUGUCCGAGGAAGCCAACCCGCUUCUCAUUCUAACGAACGACGCACAGAUCGCACAAUGGAACACUCAAAAGCUGCCAUCCGACCGGGUGUCAACCGAGAAUGGUGCUAUUGUGGUGACCACAGUAUCCAUGGGGCGACGACCGCUUAUCGUUGACCCACAACUGCAAGCAAUCGCUUGGAUUCGAGAGAUGGAAGCACAUAAUAAUCUCAUCAUUGUGCGCGUGGGUCAGAAGAUGUGGAUCGAGCGUCUGAAGACAGCUAUUGGCACCGAUGGAGCGUUCCUGAUCGAGAAUCUAGGCGAGAAGAUUGACCCCAUUUUGGCGCCAGUGAUCCAGCGCUCCACCUCACGGCGUGGUGCUCGAUACGAGAUUCAAAUUGGUGACGCGUCUGUACCGUACAACGACAACUUCCACUUGUAUCUACACACGAAGCUGGGUAACCCUCACUAUCCGCCUGAGAUCCAAGCUGAAUGUACCAUCGUCAACUUUACUGUCACAAUGCUCGGACUGGAGGAUCAGUUGCUGAAUCUCACCGUCUCCAAAGAACGCCAAGAUCUCGCUAUUAAGCGUGAGAAGUUGAUUCAGGAGCAGAACAACGGUAAAAUCGAGUUGAAAAAGCUGGAAGACGACAUCCUGUUCUACCUGGCCAGUGCUGACGACGACAUCACCAACAACCAGCCGCUUAUUCAGAUUUUAAGUGACACGAAGCACAAAGCUCAACGUACACAGAACAACAUGGAGGCGGCGAAGAAGACGCAAGAGUCGGUGAACAUCACGAGUGAAAAAUAUCGCAGUAUCGCUGCAAGAGGCUCCCUACUAUUCUUCCUUAUGAACGACAUCAGCAAGGUGCACUCGUACUACAUCUACUCCCUGGCGUCGUUCCAGCAGGUCUUCCUGUCUGGUAUCUAUCGUGCUCCUCCAGCGAAGAAUCUCAUCGCGAAUGAAGUCGAUGGAGGUGCAGAAGGUGAUGCUGCUGCAGUUGAGACUCCAGCAGAAGGCGGGAAAAAUGGUGAAGGUGGCAGUGAUGACGAGGCUGAAGAAACUGAGCCUGCUGUCCCAGAUCUCACAGAUGAGGAGAUGAAGGAACGUUGUCAAGUGCUGAUGGAUAGCAUUACGUCGUGCGUUUACAACUACGUUCGUCGUGGCCUGUUCGAGCGGAACAAGCUAACGGUCGCUACGAUGCUGUGUCUGAAGAUCUUGCUGAAAGAUGGGCUGCUGAAUGAUACAGAAGUCGAGUAUUUCCUCAUUAGCAAGGCUCAUCCGGAUGCUGGUAACGCUGGUUCGGCCUCGGAAUGGCUGCCUGCAGCUAUCUGGGCGAAAUUAAAAGCUCUCGAGAGUCUGAAGGCGUUCGCUGGGAUCGGAGACGCCAUCCAAAACGACCCUGAUGAGUGGCGAAAGUGGUUUGCUACUGAAGACGCCGAGCGACAGAAAAUACCUGGUGACUUUAUCAAGCUAACAGCGUUCCAACGGUUGAUACUGCUGCGUGCCAUGCGACCUGAUCGAGUGACCAACGCGUUGCGAACCUUCAUCCUUGAUUCAUUGGGUGAAGAGUACGUGACUCAGCCACCGUUCAACAUGGAGGCGACGUACGCAGAGACGAACUCGAGUAUUCCCAUCUUCUUCGUGUUGUUCCCUGGUGUAGAUCCAACUCCAUGGGUCGAAACACUGGGAAAAGCGAACGGGGUGAGUCUGGAGAACAACAACUUUAUCAAUAUUUCUAUGGGCCAAGGCCAGGAAGCCUAUGCCGGCGACGCAUUGAAGCGAUUGAGCACCGAAGGUGGCUGGAUUAUCCUGCAGAAUGUCCACUUGAUGCAGUCCUGGUUACCGACACUGGAACGGCAGCUGGAAGAGGUGGCAACGGAAGGUGCACAUGAUCUCUUCCGAUGCUUUAUCUCUGCUGAACCACCUCCAUUGCCAGACAUGCUGAACAUUCCUGAGUCGCUACUUCAGAGCUGUAUCAAGGUGGCUAACGAAGCCCCGUCCGACAUCCAAUCGAAUUUACGUCGUGCAUGGGCAAACUUCGGUGAAGACAAGGUACAGGCGUGCACAAAACCGGCCGAGUUCAAGGCUUGUUUGUUCGCGCUCUGUUGGUUUCACGCGAUUGUGUUGGGACGACGACGAUUUGGGCAACAAGGAUGGAGUCGAGCCUACAGCUUCAACACGGGAGACCUCACGAUUUGUGCUAACAUCCUGCAUUCGUACCUGGACAACAACGCUUCAGUACCGUGGGAUGACUUGCGUUAUCUGUUCGGCGAGAUCAUGUAUGGCGGCCACAUCACGGACGCCUGGGAUCGUCGAACAAACAACACAUACCUGGCAGUUCUUAUUGACCCAGGGCUUCUUAACGGCAUGGAACUUGGUCCAGGUUUCAAAUCGCCGAACCCACAAGAAUUCUCGUUCGCAGACUACGCCAACUACAUCGAAAAGAAUAUGGUUCCUGAGGCUCCACCGCUCUUUGGUCUUCACCCGAAUGCUGAAAUCGGCUAUCUUACUACUACCUGUGAAACAUUGUGCUACACUAUCGUGACUAUCGGUGGAGGAGCUGGAGGUGGCGGUGGUGGAGAAGAAGGAGGUGGCGACAAGACGGCAGCAUUGCGUGCAUCUAUCGACGACUUGGAAGCGCGCUGCCCUGAGUUCUUCAACAUGCUGGACGUGGUUGAGGCUGCAACGCCUCACUUGACUGAAGAUCACGGUCCUUUCGUGGUGGUAGCAUUGCAAGAGUGCAGCCGCAUGAAUGUCCUACUUCAGGAGAUCCGGCUAUCUCUUGGUGACCUCAAGAAGGGACUGAAUGGACAACUCAAUAUGUCACAAGCUAUGGAAGACUUGGCGACAGCAAUGUCAUUGAACGAGGUGCCCGGACGCAACCCGUUCUCGCAGUGUAAGUGGGAGAAGAAGGCUUGGCCGUCGACAAAGUCGCUGAGUGGCUGGUUCGCUGACAUGGUCAAGCGUUAUGAACAACUUGUCAUGUGGGCUGGAGACACCUCUGGAGGAGGAGGAAGCUGCUUCGUCACUCCAUUCUCGAUCUGGUUACCAGGUCUCUUCAACCCCACAGCCUACACAACGGCGUGCCUGCAAGUAACGUCUCGGAAGCGGUUCAUGCCGCUCAAUCAAAUGACUGUGGAGACGCACGUGACGACAAUUCAAGAUCCUUCAACGGUCUCUCACUACCCCGACGAUGGCGUAUUCGUCCACGGACUUAUCCUAGAGGGUGCACGAUGGAGUACACUGGACGAGAUCAAUGAGCGUUAUCCAGUUGGUGCAACACCACCUACAGAGUGUGGUGUAUGCCUGUCAUCUACGUCAAGGCUGUGA